AUGUUUCUAAGGACAGAGUCGACCAGAGAAGACAAGUCUGCAGGGGCAUCCAAGGAACCUGGUGACCACACCCGGGGAGCUGCUUCCUUCUCAUUCAAAACCAGCCCUGGCCUCAUCUCGCCAUCCUUUACACUCUCAAGGGGCUACCCUCCCACCUUGCUCCUUAAUGCCCCUCCGCCCCCUCGGCUACUUUGGGCAUUUCUGUUUUCCCAGCGCAGAAGGGGAAGAAAAAGUGCAGAACUGGGCAUCAUCGUAGCUGCCGAGGUCAGCACUGCUUUGGGAGCAGCAGCUGGAAUGAGAUGA